AUGUCUCCAGACCGUACGAACUUAGACCGGCUCGCUCGUGUGCGUGACAACCAGCGCAACAGUCGAGCUCGAAAGCAAGAACAUGUCAAAGAGCUAGAAAAACGCCUGGCUAUUUACGAAGACCAAGACAGACAGAAGGAUAUAGAACACCGUUUAGCCAUACAGAAACUCGAAGCGGACAAUCAACUCCUCAAGACCUUGCUAGACUCUCUAGGUGUAUCCAGAGAUAUUGUCCAACAGUAUCUACUCAUGGCCGAGCAGGGUACAGCAGUUAACCGAAAAGUUGCAAUACCCCCACUUCAGCGCUUCACGGGGUCGUCUAUGCAGCAGACUUCUACGACUCCUACUGCUGUAAUCAAUCUUGAACAUACGGAGAAAGAAGAGAUAAGAGUCCCACCUCUAUGCAAAUGCCCGACAGGAGAUCCUGAUCCUACCCCAGUAUCACACAAUUCUGAUGUGCUGAAUACGACUCUUUGUGCCAUCGCCGAGGAGUUGAUCAGCCAGUAUAAUGUGCAUGGGGUUGAUUUAGAGGAAAUUCGCCACAGACUCAGAUCUGGAUUCUGCAAUGGAAAUCCAGGGGAUGGUUGUCGCGUACAGAACAAUCUUUUAUUUCAAGUGUUGGAUGAGAUUAGCAAUACUAGUUGA